AUGGAGGAGCUGCGGACGCUGCUGCGAGACGCCGAGGAGGCUCAGCGCCAGACGCUGCAGGCGAUCGCAGAGGACGCGGGCCAAGUGGCGCGGCUGAAGGACCCGGUGCUGCUGCUGCUGGACGUGCUGAGCCAGUCCGAGACGGCGGAGGCGCGGCGGGAGACGCUCCAGGUGCUGCGUCGACUGUUCGCCGCCUGCUCCGCCCACUUCUACGACGCCCAGGCCUUCCUGGAGUCGACCGCAGACACGGCGAGGUCUCACCACGUCGCGAAGCGAGGCAACGUCGUACUGAAGGCGCUGCUAGCCUCGUUAUCCUCGUUGAGCAGCCAAGAUGAGGUGGACGAGGAGACUGUGCAGUCUCUCGUGGACAUGCUGCGAGAUUUGUGUCUGCAGUCCAUGAACGCCACGGACGUGGUGGCUCUGUUCGACUUUCUACGGCUUGGACGGCCGCCAGCUCGUCGGCGGGUGCUGCAGAUGCAGAAGGAGCUCGUGGAGAUGGAUACAUUGCCACGCGCGAUCUUCACGAUGAGAGGAGCCAAUGCAGGGUUGAUUGUGCCGUCAGAGCAGCAAUUGUUCACUAAAAGAGGCUACAGUUGCAGCUUUGGGGUGCAUUUGGACGCUACUGCAGCGGUUGUGCCGCUCUACAGCUUUCGUGGUCUAAAUGGGCAGGGUGUGUCGGCAGUGCUGGAAGGGAAGUCGCUAGUUGUGAGGAUGUUCGCGGGCCAAGGCGCUGUCCAGCAAGUUGAAGUGCCGUUUGCAGAGUGGAUUGAUAAAAUGGAGAGGGAGUGGGUACACGUGUGCGUCGUGCACGCGAAGAAGAUGGUUUUCAAGGAUAAGGUGACAGUGUAUGUGGAUGGUAAGACUGUGUUUAAUGGGAAUCUUGGGUACCCAGACCCGCUCAUGAUGGUUGGCGGCCAGAACGGCAUUGCUGAAAACGCAGGACUUACAGACAAGUCCAAGUUUUGCUUUUGCUACGAUGCGCGGAGUUGCGAUCUGAAAAAGCGGGUUUGCUAUGAUGUCAGUGGCAACGAUUGCCACGGCUCGCUGGGACCUGGAACGAAUCUCUGA